AUGUCAAGAUUCAAAAUAUCGGCAGCUCUUUGGGAUAGGAUACAUCAUUUUGCUUCGUUCCCUCAAACGGGUGUCUCGCUUCAGCAAAUGAUCCUCUUUGGUCAGAACCCUUCUCAAGGUACCCUGCUCAAAGCUUCACAGUUCUUAUCGGAAGAGUUACCCAUACGGCUCAGUCAUAGGGUUGUUGAGCUUGAAAGUCUACCGGAUGGUCUCAAUAGGAUGCCUAGUAUAGAAAAGGUCAAGGAGUGGUAUGCGCAGAGUUUUGAGGAACUGGUCACUUUUCCUAAACCAGUCUUGAGCCCGGAACUGUUCGCUCAACUGCGCAUGACACCGAGAGAAGGCCAACAUUUUCCUUCUGCCACCCCUAACCCAUCACUCGAUCCACGACUACAUGAAGGUCCAAUCUCAGCCCUCGAACAAUCCUUUCCUUCCGGAUUUACCGCCCCACCAUCCUCCUCUUCCUCCUUUGUCCCUAACACCAACGGUUCCGGCUAUGGAGCUCAUCGGAUGCGAAUACCAAUGGAAAGAAGAUAUUUCAGUCCACCACCUCCGACCACAAAAUAUCCUCCAGAAGUGCACGACUAUAAUGAUAGAUUUACCAAGCUUCUGCAAAAUAUCAAGAAGCGACAUGAUCCCACAGUCACUACCGUCGCUCUGGGUGUGUUAGAAUGGAAGAGAAAACAGAAGCAUGGAAGGAUAGGUCAGGGAGUCCAAGAAUGGUUGGAUAGGUUUUAUAUGAGCAGAAUAGGUAUACGUUUCUUGAUCGGUCAACACAUCGCCCUCAACACACUCCAGCCUCAUCCUGACUACGUUGGUAUCAUCUGCAAACGCGCAAACGUCCAUGACAUAUGCCACGAAGCCAUCGAGAAUGCCAGAUUCGUAUGCGAGGAACACUAUUCGUUGUUUAAAGGUCCACCCAUACAGUUGUUGUGCGACAAAAAUCUCACAUUCCCGUAUGUUCCUGGACAUCUCUCACACAUCUGUUUUGAACUCUUGAAAAACUCUCUCCGAGCGGUGGUGGAGCGUUACGGCGUAGACAACGAAGAUUCUUUCCCUCCCAUCAAAGUUGUGGUAGUGGAAGGUUCGGAAGAUAUAACCAUCAAGAUCUCUGAUGAGGGUGGUGGGAUUCCCAGGAGUGCGGUGCCUAUGAUCUGGACGUAUCUUUACACCACCAUGAGCGAUGAAGGUCUCGAGGCGAAUAUCGAAAGUUCAGAUUUCAAAGCUCCCAUGGCUGGUUUUGGGUAUGGUCUCCCUCUUUCCCGUUUAUACGCCAGAUUCUUCGGUGGAGACCUUCGUUUGAUCUCAAUGGAUGGGUAUGGUACCGAUGUGUAUAUCCACCUCAACAAGCUAUCUUCCAGGUGA